AAGAGCUCGCUUCACACAGUGCGCUGUGUCUGCCUGGAAAUUUAGAGGGCUAGCUCACCCCAUACACUCAGCUAGGGAUGUUUUACUAACUACUUUAUAAACAGAGGACAACGCAAAUAUUGACACAAGUGCUGUAACUCUCUUAACUUUAACUAAACGGUAAUUAGUUUAAAAGUCAGUUGCACAUUCACUGAAGUUUGACGAAAGUUGUCUGUCCUUUUUGUUUAUUUUUGCUGAAGAGCGGAUUGCUUGUUAAAACUCUACUUUUGGAUUGGUUGAUAUUUUCUUAGUCUCGAAGAGAAACUGUAAAACUCGAUCGAGAUGGUUGUCCUGUCACUGACGGUACUAGUAGGAUUUAUAGGAAGUCUGACUUCAGCCGACAACGCUGAUGCCAUAGAUAAAGAAGACCAGCUGCGUAGCCGCCUGAGAGAGUAUGGCCUCAUCACCCCCAUCAGCACCGACUCCCAUGGUCACUUCCUGUCCCACCUGCUCUCUGCCAAUCACAAGCAGCGAGUGAAGAGGGAGGUUGGGGCAGAGGGCUCGGAGCGGGCCAGUGAUAGGCUGUUCUUCAACAUCACGGUAUUCGGCAGGGAGUUCCACCUGAGGCUCCGUCCCAACGACCGCUUGGUGUCUCCUGGGGCCAUGGUGGAGUGGCACGACCAGGUCCCUGAACCAGGCAACGCCAGCAGCAGUAGUACAAUUACUAGUAAUAGUGGUAGCAGAGGUACUAUCCGUGUUGGUGGAGAGAAUGGGAGUGAGUCGACCAGCGGUGGAACAGAGAGGAUUCUCAGGAGGAGGUUGCUGAAAACAGACUGCACCUUUAUCGGUGACAUCACUGACGUAAAGGGAGCCUCCGUCGCCAUUAACAACUGUGAUGGACUGGCUGGUAUGAUCCGGACAGACUCAGAUGAGUACUUCAUUGAGCCAUUGGAGAGAGGGACUCAGGAACAUGAGGACCAGGGCAGAGUCCAUGUUGUCUACAGGAGAUCUGCUGUUCUACAGGCCCCCUCUGACAUCUCACUGGACUACCAACUGGAAGAACCAGAAAUAGAGCUGUCCCUACCAGGUGUUCCGGGGAUUCCAGACCAGGUGUCCCUGCCAGGUGUUCCGGGGGUUCUAGACCAGUUGUCCCUGCCAGGUGUUCCGGGGGUUCUAGACCAGGUGUCCCAGCAGGUGAACCAGGCGGUGAGGAAGCGCCGCCACGCCGGAGAUGACGACUACAACAUUGAAGUUCUCCUGGGUGUCGACUAUUCCGUGGUGCGUUUCCAUGGCAAGGAGCAUGUGCAGAACUACCUGCUGACCCUCAUGAACAUUGUGAAUGAGAUCUACCACGAUGAGUCUCUAGGAGUCCAUAUUAAUGUGGUGUUGGUGAGGAUGAUCAUGCUGGGCUAUGCUAAGUCCAUCAGCCUGAUAGAACGAGGGAACCCAUCCAGGAGUCUGGAGAACGUGUGUCGCUGGGCGUUCGUUCAGCAGAAGGCAGACCAUGACCAUUCUGAGCACCAUGAUCACGCCAUCUUCCUGACCAGACAGGGCUUUGGACCCACAGGCAUGCAGGGCUACGCCCCAGUAACAGGCAUGUGCCAUACAGUCCGGAGCUGCACGCUGAACCAUGAGGAUGGAUUCUCCUCUGCCUUCGUUGUCGCCCACGAGACCGGACAUGUGCUGGGUAUGGAGCAUGAUGGUCAGGGUAAUCGUUGUGGGGACGAGACAGCCAUGGGGAGUGUGAUGGCUCCACUGGUUCAAGCUGCCUUCCACCGAUACCACUGGUCCAUGUGUAGUGGACAGGAGCUCAAGAGAUAUAUACAUUCGUACGACUGUCUCCUGGACGACCCGUUCAAACACGACUGGCCCCAGCUGCCGGAGCUGCCGGGGAUCAACUACUCCAUGGAUGAACAGUGUCGCUUCGACUUCGGAGUCGGAUACAAAAUCUGCACAUCAUUUCGCACAUUUGACCCAUGUAAGCAGCUGUGGUGCAGUCACCCUGACAACCCAUACUUCUGCAAGACCAAAAAAGGCCCUCCUCUGGAUGGUACUGAGUGUGCUCCUGGGAAGUGGUGCUAUAAAGGUCACUGCAUGUGGAAGAAUGUCAACCAGGUGACGCAGGAUGGCUCCUGGGGCUCUUGGAUGAAAUAUGGUUCCUGUUAACCCCUCCCGCUAACCCCUCCUGUGGGACCGGGGUUAACCCCUCCCAUAGCUAACCCCUCCCAGAACUCCUCCUAACCCCGCCAGUGCAACAACCUCCCAUACCCCUCUAACGGCGGUGGGGACUGUCCCGGGGUGAAUUACGAGUACCAGCUGUGUAACACCGAUGACUGCCCCAAACACUUUGAGGACUUCAGGGCCCAGCAGUGCCAGCUACGCAACUCCCACUUUGAGUUCCAGAACACCAAACACCACUGGCUGCCCUAUGAGCACCUUGAUUCCAAUAAGAGGUGCCACCUCUACUGCCAGUCGAAGGAGACUGCUGACGUGGCAUACAUGAAGCAGCUGGUGCAUGAUGGGACACGCUGCUCCUACAAAGACCCCUACAGCAUCUGUGUCAGAGGAGAGUGUGUGAAAGUUGGCUGCGACAAAGAGAUUGGUUCCAACAAGGUGGAGGAUAAGUGUGGAGUGUGUGGUGGAGACAAUUCUCACUGUCGUACCAUCAAGGGAACCUUCACCCGCACCCCCAAGAAAGCUGGGAAGACGAGAGGAGCAUUUACCUUGCCUAAAGGAGCUCGGAAUGUUUAUCUGAAUGAAACAGAAGAUUUUAGAAAUGUACUUGGUUUCCUUAAGAUGUUUCUGAUUCCUCCCGGGGCUAGACAUGUGAUCAUUCAGGAGCAUGAGGCUUCUCCUCAGAUGCUUGCGAUCAAGAACCAGGUGACAGGCCGCUACAUCCUGAAUGGCCGAGGAGAGGAGGCUCGCUCCCGGAGCUUCAUAGACCUGGGAGUGGAGUGGGAUUACAUUAUAGAAGAUGACGAAGAGACACUAUACACUGAUGGACCCCUACACGACGCUGUGGUCGUACUGAUAAUUCCUCAGGACAACGAGACCAGGUCGACCCUGAUGUAUAAAUACAUCAUCCAUGAAGACUCUGUCCCCGUCAACAACAACAACGUCAUUCAGGAGGACACCUACGAAUGGGCCCUGAAGAGCUGGUCGCAGUGUUCUAGACCCUGUUCUGGAGGGUUCCAGUACACUAAGUAUGGCUGCAGGAAAAAGGGUGACAGCAAGAUGGUCCACCGGGGAUACUGUGAUGUCAGCAAGAAGCCAAAACCCAUCAGGAGAAUGUGUAAUCUACAGGACUGUACACAGCCACAAUGGAUCUCAGAGGACUGGGAGCACUGCACUAAGACUUGUGGCAGUUUGGGUUUCCAUAUCCGGACGGUUCGCUGUGUCCAGUUCCUCAAUGAGGGGACCAACCGCUCAGUCCACAGCAAGUACUGCAGUGGGGAGAAACCAGAGAGCAGACGGCCCUGUAACAGACUGCCCUGUCCUGCACACUGGAGACCUGGUGCCUGGUCAGAGUGCUCAGUGACAUGUGGUGAGGGGGUGGAGAGGCGCUUAGUGACGUGUCGUAUUGGAGAUCAGUGUAAUGGAGAGAGACCUGAGGCCCACAGACCCUGCAAACCAGGACCCUGUCACGAUGAGCCGUGUAACGGGGAUAAGUCUAUAUUCUGUCAGAUGGAGGUCCUGGUGAGAUACUGCUCUAUCCCGGGAUACAAUAAACUGUGUUGUGACUCGUGUAGCAGACGCAGAGGAACCCUGUCCCCCAUCCUAGUAGAAGCCGCCGAGAUGGACCAGGAAGUUCGCUUUGCCGCCGCCUCCCAACUCCUGGAGACUCAGUCACUCAAUGGGACACUUGAUUUGUCUCUUCGCUCCCUACUGACCCCCCGUGGAUCCUCAACGCUAUGCCCCAGCAUCAGACACGCCCACAAGGUCCCACCCAGGAAAAGCUCCUUCCACCGCAGGGUUCCAUCCCCCAGUAGCCUCGCUGUCAGGAACCUAUCCAUCAUGAUGUCAUCACUUACUGCCGGUGGCGCGGUUCAGUCAGAUGCCACGGAGGGUCAAAGCUCGGACACGUUGAGGAAGAGCCGGUUGCUCAGGGAGACAAAGGUGGCUCUAACGGAGGCGGAGAGAUGAAGUGGGAUCGUUCCUCCUCUGGACUCCAUGCAGAUAUCACUCCACCCUGCCUUUCUCACCUCACUACAUCACCGGAGGGAGGGAGGGAGGGAGGGAGAAGUGCUGGUUCACUUUCGUGUUAGAGACCCCCUAAGCAGCAGUGACAGGUUGUUUGAGUUGAAACCCACCAUAUACAGUAUCACCAGAGCAGUUGGACUGAAGCCCCAGUCAUGUUACAACGUUACUCUUAGGAAAUUGUUCUAGUUGUAUAGAAUUUCAAUAUCCAGCUGUUUUUGUUUACUGGCGCUCACUUAUUUCUUCAACAAAUCUAGAUAUUUCUAAAAGUCACUGUAAAAACUAUAUAAUAUACAGUACAUAUGUUAAACAUUGUUAAAAUGUCAGUAUUAUUAUAACGAAGGCAAGAUGACUUUGUCACAUGUUAAAUCACCUUUUGGUUCCUAAACUACAGGCCCACAGACAUACUAACAUCUCCAGACCCAUAUGCAGAUAUUCCAGACCCAUAUCCAGCUAUUCCAGACCCAUAUGCAGAUAUUCCAGACCCAUAUCCAGCUAUUCCAGACCCAUAUCCAGCUAUUCCAGACCCAUAUGCAGAUAUUCCAGACCCAUAUGCAGAUAUUCCAGACCCAUAUCCAGAUAUUCCAGACCCAUAUGCAGAUAUUCCAGACCCAUAUGCAGAUAUUCCAGACCCAUAUGCAGAUAUUCCAGAACCAUAUCCAGAUAUUCCAGACCCAUAUGCAGAUAUUCCAGAACCAUAUCCAGAUAUUCCAGACCCAUAUGCAGAUAUUCCAGAACCAUAUCCAGAUAUUCCAGACCCAUAUGCAGAUAUUCCAGAACCAUAUGCAGAUAUUCCAGACCCAUAUGCAGAUAUUCCAGAACCAUAUCCAGAUAUUCCAGACCCAUAUGCAGAUAUUCCAGAACCAUAUGCAGAUAUUCCAGACCCAUAUGCAGAUAUUCCAGAACCAUAUGCAGAUAUUCCAGACCCAUAUGCAGAUAUUCCAGAACCAUAUCCAGAUAUUCCAGACCCAUAUGCAGAUAUUCCAGAACCAUAUCCAGAUAUUCCAGACCCAUAUCCAGAUAUUCCAGACCCAUAUGCAGAUAUUCCAGAACCAUAUGCAGAUAUUCCAGAACCAUAAUAUGAAAUGUCAGGUGGUGUAUUAUUCAUUCCCUACAGUACUCAGCUACAGGCUGUUGUAGCAGAAUAUGCAUCAGGCUGUCAAUACUCUGUUUAAUGUCUUCAUGAACACACAGGGACAACAGGCAGAGACAACAGACCAUCAACACAUCUGAGAGGGAUAUAUAGUAUCCCUAAAGCCCUUUAGAGAGGGAAUCUAUGGAUUCUAUACCACCAGGGGGUUUGUUAGUAUUUAACACACACAUUGUGUGAGCUCUCCAUGCCAAUGCUUUUGUGAAGAUGGACUUACAAAAUAUCUUUAUAGGGAGCAUAUGAUAAUAGAUGUCAAGCUUUGUCAGAGAGGGAGAGAGAGAGCUAUUUAUUGUAAAAUGAUUUUGUCAACCACAAUGCAUCUGACUGCAAUAGCGAACAAACCGUUGACGAUGUUUCAGUUGAGUUCAAUGUGCAGCCGAUCAUUCUUACUCCUGUGUUGUCGUUUAUAGUACUUGUAAAUAGGAUUUAGAAGGUCAAUAUUUAUUAAGAUAGUGGUCCUGCUCUUUUUCCUGUACAGUGCCUUCUGGUUGCCGAGGUGUUGUAGAAAUAACCAAACAAUAUUAUUAUUAUUAUUAUAGGUUCUAAUAAUAACCAAACUAAACCCAACAUCAAGACCAACCACCUCAUUCCAGCUCAACGUUUUCACUUCAGAUCAUCAUUAGUAGAAUCAACCCGCUGUCCGUCAGUGGAAUCAACCCGCUGUCCGUCAGUGGAAUCAACCCGCUGUCCGCCAGUGGAAUCAACCCGCUGUCCGCCAGUGGAAUCAACCCGCUGUCCACCAGUGGAAUCAACCCGCUGUCCGCAAGUCAAACGUAGAGUGGGUAGAUUAGACGAUCUUGUGUUAGUAACCAACAAGACACUGAACACAGAGAACAUAGAGGGUAGUAGGUGUCUCAAACUAUGCUGAAACACACAGUGCUCAGAGUUACAGUGAGUUUAUUUUCCCCUGUCAUUUAAGGUUAAUGUGCUGUCUUUAAGACAUUGCUGCUAAUGUUAUGCAAAGCUUUUAAUGAUUGAGGACGCUAGCUAGUUUGUUAGGGUUGUACCAUUUGCCCCUCCAUAUUUACCGUAGAGAGCAUCAUGGGGGUUCUAGUAUAUCGUGGAUGUCACGUUCUAGAUAAAUGGUUGAACUAA